AUGAAGGCGAAGGCAAAAGCGACCGGCCCCACGCCACGGAUUGGGAUUGGAAGGAUCGAAUACGAUGCCACGGAUGCCGCGGAUGACGCUAAGCACGAAGCGCGAAACACGAAGCACGAAGCUGGAGACAAAACCGGGUCUCUGCCCGUGGGACAUUCAAAUAGCCAGCCGAUCGUCGAUCGUGAGAUGCAUGAUAUACUCGAUUCGUACUUUGUACACACUAGGUUCCAGCUGCUUUCUUCACAGUCAACAGCCGAUGGCAAUAUUUGA